AUGGAACACGAAAUUAGCAGAAUAACUGACAAUGGCUUAACUCUAACUCUAUUUAAAAGAGACUCUGAUGGAUUUUUUAGACCUUCAGAAACAAUUGUAUCAUUAUUUAAUGCUAGAAAAUCUACAGUUGUAGAUUUAGAACAGCGAAUCUCCACUAUUGAUUGGAUUGAUCCUAAUAGAAUGUUAAGGAUCAUUUAUGAAAUUGGUUACUACGAAUUAUUCCAUGAUUUGUUUGAUUCACAUCCAAAUACACCAACAAUAUUAAAUGAAGUUACAGAUAACAUUAAAGAUCAUAUGUCUCUUAAAAUGGAAAAUGCAAAAAAACCAUUAGAAGAUGCGUUUUUCACCGAUAGCGAACGUGCUAAAUUAGAACUGUUUUUAAAGAAAAUUUUGGUUCCAGUUGCCACUCAGCAUUCACCAAUUAUCAAUCCCACAUCGGAUGGCCCCAGUGGUGUUGAACAUACGGGUACAAACACAUCUAAUGAAAAGCAUUUUCAAGAUAUAUUUGAUGAAAUAAAUAGAACAUAUCCUCACCAAAAUUUGAACUUAAAUAUCGUUAUCGAUGAACAAGGUAGCACUGUAUUGCAUUGGCUUUGUUCCUUAGCUAAUGUGCCCCUAAUAUCUGUUAUUUUGAAGAACGCUGAAACCAAUACCAAUUUUAUUACAAGCCACACUCCCUCCAAUAUUACCGUGGAUAUUACUCUGGGCGAUAACCUCGGUGAAUCAUCAUUGUUAAAGGCAGUGAAAUCUGUAAAUAAUUAUGAAAAUGGCACAUUUGAAUCUAUGUUAGAAAUGCUAUAUCCCUGUUUGUUACUGUUGGACAAUAAGAAUAGAACUAUAUUACAUCAUAUAGCUUUAACCUCCGGGAUGAAUGGAUGCUCUGUUGCAGCUAAAUAUUAUCUAGAUAUUCUAUUGGGAUGGAUUGUCAUUAACAAUGAAAAAAAUGCUGGCAGCACUAAUGUUAAUAAUGAUGAUGCUGUUAGUAAUAGUAAUAAUAAUAUUGAUGAUAAUGACGAUAAAAACAGUAAUAAUAGUAGUAAUAAUAAAAGUACAGACACUAACAAUAAAAAUAAUGGUAAUAGGGAUGAGGAUAAUAGCAGAAAUAAUACUACUGAUAAAAAUAGUGCAACCCCCAUUAUUAAUGAUAAUGACAACAAUCCCACCAAUUCUAACAUUAAAAAAUCGGACAUCACACUUAGAUGGUUUAUAGAUAAUGUAUUAAACGCACAAGACUCCUCAGGUGAUACCUGUUUAAAUAUAGCCAGUAGGUUGGGUAAUGUGGCUAUUGUAGACGCACUUUUGGAUUAUGGUGCUGAUCCAUCUAUUGCCAAUAAUUCCGGUUUAAGACCUUUAGACUUUGGUGCUGGAACAAUUGCCAAAAAAAACACCGGUAAUCCCAAAUUAAGCAUAUCCUCAGCAUCUUCUGAUACUAAGAUAAAUUCUAUUAAUGAAUAUGGUUCAAAAAAUGUUAAUGCUACCAUACGUAAUAACAAUGUUCCUGAUACUGCACCAAUGAUGGAUUCUAUUCAAAAACUUAUAGAUUCUAUUAACGAAACAUAUAAGGGAGAAUUAAAACAACAUAACGAUAGUGUGGAGUUGUUACAAAAAAAAUUACAAGAUAAAAGAAAUGAAUUGAGUGAACUAAGAAAAAAAAUAAGUGAUUUUAAAUCGGUAAAGGAUAAAUUUUUCAAAUUGCAAGAACAAAUAACUAACUUGGAAAACGGCAUUGCAGAUGAAAGCCAAUUAUUUCAAAAUUUAACCGAAAAUUUCCCAGAAUUAAACGAUGAAGAUGACAGUGAAAUUGAAUUUGAUGCAGAUGAACCCUUUAAAAUUGGAAUAAUAUACGAUUAUAUAUCAACUGUGUUAAAUAAAGAGUACGAUGGUGAUGUUGAGAAACUGGAACAAAAUCUAGUUGAUGACACUUUACGGAAAUAUAUUCUGGACAUGCUUAAUAAAACUGAUUCUAAAAAAACAAAUGAACAGCUGAAUCAUUUGCCUUCAAAAGAGGUUCUAAAUGCAAGAAUACAAGCUUACGAGGAAAAUGAAGUCUAUCUGCAAAACACUCUACAAAAGAUUAAAGAGCAGCAGCAAGCCUUGGAAAGCAAAUUUAAACGUGUUUUAAGUUUAUGUUUAAAAGUUGAUGAAAAUAAAGUUGAUGGUAUGUUGGAUGGUUUGUUACAGGCUAUAACCAAUGAAGAUCUGGAAGAUAUUGAUAUGAAUGAAAUGCAAAAUUUUCUAAGAAAAUCUUCAGUAGACAUAUGA